UUGUUUUUGGUUGAAAGCUCAAGAGACAGCAAACAGACAGUCCGAAGGAAAAGCGAAUAUAAAUAUCCGGAAAAUAUACGUAUACACAUACAUAUAUACAUACACAUAUGAAUCAGGAAUAAAAAACGAUGACUAACAAAUUUCAGAGACGUAGCUCACCACAAACAACAGCAGCAGCUAAUGGUUUGGUUGGUGCAUCAAAUGUCUCCUCGACGCCCAGUACUCAGCCGCGUAAGCGUGUGAAACGCUGCUGCCGCAACUUUGUCACCUUCAUGUGCACACAGGUGGGCGUGGGAGCCCUAAUUGUGAUUUAUGCCAUCUGUGGUGCAUUUGCCUUUCAACACAUUGAGCGCCAGUUUGUGGACGACACGCCGACCCAGGUGGGACAUCUGCGUGGUAAUUGUUCCCAACUAUUGUGGAACAUUACCGAGAAUCUCAAUUUGAUUGACAAAUCCGCCUGGGUAAAUGCCACAAAUGAUGCAUUGCGCAUCUAUCAGGCCCAAAUCGCUAGCCUUAUUAAGGAUGGCGGCUAUGUGGGACGUACACCAAUAGAAAUUUGGAGUUUCCCGGCGGCUUUGAUGUUCUGCUUAUCGGUUAUCACAAUGAUUGGCUAUGGCAAUAUGGUGCCACGUACCCCAUGGGGCAAAGGAUUCACCGUGAUCUAUGCCACAUUUGGUAUACCCCUGUAUAUAUUGUAUUUCCUUAAUAUGGGAAGAGUUUUGGCGCGUUCAUUUAAGUUUGUAUACCGCUCCAUGCACGAUUGCACCCAGGAGGGGAACUAUGAUCGACGCCUGGAGGCCUUGGAGAAUGGAGGAGGCGGCAGUCUGGGUACCUUGACGUUGCGCAAAAAGAUAAUUGUGCCAUCGACAGCCUGUCUGUGGGUGAUUAUGUUCUAUAUACUAACGGGAACCAUUAUGUUUGCCAAUUGGGAGAAAUGGAGCUUCCUGAAUAGCUUCUACUUCUGCAUGACAUCGCUGUGCAAGAUUGGCUUUGGUGACUUUGUUCCGGGUGCCUCGUUGACAACAGCAGCCGAAGUCACGGCGGCCACCGAAAAGUUACGCGAGGAGAUUAACUUUGACUCCAAAGAGCUGACCAAAUUGCAUUCUCUUGCAGCCGAUCAGCAUUCAAAAUUGGCCAUCAAUUUCAUUUAUAUGCUCCUUGGCAUGGGCCUGGUGGCCAUGUGUCGUAAUCUAAUGCGCGAAGAGGUCCGUGUCAAGCUCAAGGAGAUGAAAGAGGAUGCUAAACUGUGUAUGGAUGAUACACGAUUGCGUUUCGUGGGUUGCUGUGGUGCUGGACCCCAAGAUCGCUACGAGAAACGCCGCUACUACGAAUAACAAAAAAUAAAAAA